AUGUAUAAUAAUUCAUAAGCAGGAAUGUCCUAAAAGUACUACUAACCUUAAAAGCCUUUCGGUUAUUAAGGAUAACCUAGCCAGUCUUAAUAAAUGAACAGCAGGUAUGGCAACCCAUAUGCUUAAUAAAUGCCUUAAGAUGAUUACUUAAGAGAUUAUAAUUAGAGAUAUGAUAGAAAUCUACAUGAUUUACAAACCAAUGGAUAAACAUUAUCAGAGCUAGAGUUUAGAUUAGAUGAAGAAAGAAAAAAUAUGAAAAAUGUGAGAUAACAAUUAGAAAAUAACUUAGAAAAUGAAAGACAAAUGAGGAUAGAGUUUGAAACUAAGAUCAUAGCAUCUAGAGAUGAUAUUUAAAGAAAGGAAAAUAUCAUAUAGGAAUUAGAGUAUAUAAAUAAAAGAUAAAUAGUUACAAAUUAUAAGACACUAUGAUGAGAAACGAAUCAUUAGAAUAAGAGAACCUUGCUAUGAGAAAUGAAUUUAUAAGAGGACAGGAAUCAUAUAAUUAGAGAUUGAGAGAAUAUGAAGACAGAAUUAAGUUUUUAAAUAGGUAUAUGAAAAAAUUAUGAAAGAAAAUAACAAGAAAACGAUGAUAAAUAUAGGAUUGAAUUUGAGAGACUGAUCAAAUCCCAUGAUUAAAAAAUAUCAGACAUGACCCAAACAUUCAAAAUAUAGAGAGAAGAUGCAGAAGCAUAAAUUAAAAGUUUCAAGACUCAGAUUUAAGAUUUAAAUCAAGACAUUACUAAUUUAAUGAAUGAAAAUAUGAGAAUAAAACUUGAAGCUGAAGAAAAUAUUAGAGAAACUGUAGUCAGAGUAUAAGAUGAGGAAAUGAGAAAAUAUUUAGGACAUUUAAGAAAUGUAGAAUAAAAAUUAAAAGCCUCUGAAGAAGGAAGAGAUAAAUUAGCAAAAGAUUAUAAUAAUACUUUAUCCUAGUUAGCUGAAAAAGAAAGACUCUUAAAAUAAAAAUAAAUGGAAUAUGAUCAAAAUUACACAAGGUUUAAGUAAGAAAUUAGUGAGCUUGAUGCAUAAUUUAAAUAAACUAAUUAGGUUAGAGAAAAAUUAAGAAAUGAAUUAUAAUCAAAAGAUUAGAUUAUAAAAUAAUUACAAGCAGAAAGCAUGGAUUUAUAAAAAUAGGUCUAAAAAGUCAAAGAACAUUAUGCUCAUCAAAUAGCUGAAAUUCAGGAAAUAAAUUCUUAAGAGAAAAGGGAGUUAGAAAAGGAAAAAGAUGAUUUGGCUAGAAAACUGAACUAAUCAGAGGAAGUAAGUAUUUUAAUUUAAUUAUAAAUAGACAAGAAAAUAAAUGGAAGAACAUAUUGAGAGAUUAAAGUUACAAUUAGAAGAAUUAGGAGGAUAGAUACAUUAAAAUAUAGAGAGAUCAAUAUAUUAGACAAUUAACUAAACUAGCUUUUCGAGUAAAUUCGAAAAUAGAAGACCUUUUCAGCCACAGAAAUAUUAGUGA